AUGGCAUCCCCAGACAGUGUUCCGGGUGAAGAAUACGACUAUGAAGCCCUCCCGCCAGACUAUUCCCUUGGGCAUAAUAUGUUGGCUGGUGCCUUUGCUGGCAUUGCGGAACACUCUGUCAUGUAUCCGGUUGACUUGCUCAAGACUCGAAUGCAAGUGCUAAAUCCAUCCGCUGGUGGGUUGUAUACGGGUCUCAGCAAUGCCCUCACAACGAUAUCCCGGAUCGAGGGCUGGAGGGCUCUAUGGAGGGGUGUAUCGAGCGUGAUUGUUGGUGCUGGUCCUGCCCACGCCGUUUAUUUUGGCACAUAUGAAGUGGUUAAGGAAUUCGCUGGAGGCAAUGUUGGAAGUGGCCAUCAUCCAUUCGCAGCGGGAUUGAGCGGAGCGUGCGCCACCAUUUCCAGUGAUGCCCUUAUGAACCCCUUUGAUGCAGUGAUCAAGCAACGUAUGCAGGUCCACGGCUCCACCCACAAGACCAUGAUCGAAUGUGCGCGAACCGUCUACCGCACCGAAGGACUUCGAGCAUUCUACGUCUCCUACCCCACCACGCUUUGCAUGACGAUUCCAUUCACAGCCACCCAGUUCAUCGCCUACGAAUCCCUCUCAAAAGUCAUGAACCCUUCAAAGGCCUACGACCCUUUCACCCAUUGUAUCGCUGGUGGGUUGGCUGGUGCAGUCGCAGCGGCCAUCACCACCCCGCUUGAUGUGAUCAAGACAGUACUACAGACCAGGGGAGCUGCGGAGGAUGCCGAGGCCCGUUCCGCGCGCGGCUUGUUUAACGCGGCCAGCAUUAUCAAACGCCAGUAUGGCUGGGCUGGAUUCCUCCGCGGGAUGCGCCCGAGAAUCAUCGUGACCAUGCCAAGUACCGCUAUCUGCUGGACUUCAUAUGAAAUGGCCAAGGCAUACUUCAAGCGACAGAGGCUAUCCGAAUCACUCUCGUGA